CGGAAAUUGCCGACCGAUAGACGCCGGCUGCAUCAGGCGUGAACUAGGAAAGAGUUGCUGUCAAAAUUGUGCAUUUAUCUCUGUGUUCAUUUGGGGACAGCCAAGAUGAGUGUAACCUUGAGAUAUUCCAGUGACCUGGCGACCUCUGACCCUCAACAUAAUCCAGUUCUGAUUGUGGGUCAAGUCAAAAAUCUGGCUAAGAUUACCUUUGACCAAGUGAAGAGGAAACUAGAGCCUAGGGUAACAGAGGAGACUUUUGCCGCUGCAGUCGCUGGUCUCCACCCCUCCCCCACGGACUCCUGCCCUCUAUGGCUGAACAAUGCAACUGUGGCAGCUCUACCAACAAAGUGCAGCCGACACAACACGCCGUCUCGCUCUCAUGCUCUUACUAAAGUUGUCAAGAGCUGCUUCUCUGGAGGGGAUGAAUAUGUUGUGAUCGUGUGUGAGAAAAGUGACGUGUUCGCCUCUGGCUGUGCCAUAGCCAGAGCCCUGCCCUUGUUCAACAGUAAAUCCAGUAACUCGAACUCCAAGAGAUCCGUCACCGUUGAGUUCCUCCUGGUUGGUACUGACAGCGAUGUGUCCCUGUCUGACAGCGACAUCGAAUGUCUCAGUGUGGUAGCCUCUGCUAUACGACUCACCGCACGCAUUGUUGACGCACCAUGCGCUGACAUGCACACAGAUGCAUUCCUUGAUGAGGUGAGGAAAGUUGGAACAGAAUUAAACAUUAUCCCAACGAUAAUACAAGGAGAGGCACUGAGGGAAAAGGGAUUAGGAGGUAUAUAUGGUGUAGGCAAAGCAGCCAUCCAUGAACCAGCACUGGCUGUCCUUAGUCACACACCAGAGGGAGCCACUAAGUCUAUAGCCUGGGUCGGCAAGGGGAUCGUGUAUGAUACUGGUGGACUUUGUAUCAAGGCUAAGACAAGCAUGCUGGGAAUGAAGAGAGACUGUGGAGGAGCUGCUGCUAUGUUGGGGGCAUUCUAUGCAGCUGUCAAACUGGGUUUCACUGAGAACCUACACUGUGUGCUGUGUCUGGCAGAAAAUGCUGUAGGGCCCAAUGCCGUUAGACCAGAUGAUAUUCUCAAACUCUAUUCUGGCAGGACUGUUGAGAUUAACAACACAGAUGCAGAGGGCCGUCUCGUCCUUGGGGAUGGGGUAGCUUAUGCUGACAAAGACCUGAAGGCUGGCAUCAUUGUUGAUAUGGCAACACUUACAGGGGCACAGGGUGUGGCCACAGGUCGUUACCAUGCUGGUGUGGUGACCAACAGUGAGGAGUGGGAGGGUGUAUUGGUUAAGGCAGGGCAGAACUCUGGCGACCUCACCCACCCUCUGCCCUACAGCCCAGAGCUUCACUUCAGCGAAUUUGCUAGUGCCCUGGCUGAUAUGAAGAACUCUGUCGCAGACAGGAGUAACUGCCAGGUGUCCUGUGCUGGAUUGUUCAUUGCCUCUCACCUAGGUUUUGAUUAUCCUGGUAUCUGGAUCCAUGUGGAUAUGGCUUCCCCAGCCCAUAGUGGUGAACGUGCCACGGGCUAUGGGGUGGCUUUAAUGACUACCUUAUUCGGUAAGGCUUCCAAGAACUCACUGCUGCAGUACAACGCCCCAGCUCAGUCAUGUGACGGGAUUGACGGGCAGGAGAACUCCGCUAAAAAGAUACGUCUCAAUUAAUCGGGAUGUGUAUACGGGUGUAAAUUUAAACGGGGUGCAGUAUCUAUACCAAACAACCCUAGCUUAAUUUCAAAUGUAGAUAUGUGGUCUUGUAAUGUAACUCUGAAUCUUUUCAUGAGGAUUAGGGAAUUAUUGCAUGUGGGAUAUUUUUAUCGGUGGGUUGGGAUGAGACUGCUCUGAUGAAAGUAUUAAGGGCAUUGAUUUUGAAUCAUGGCAGGCUCCCUGUGUACAUGUAGCUAUGCGCUCUUUUCCCUAACUUAUGCUAAUCAUUUACCUGUAGACCUUACAAAAUCUAGAUUUUCACUGGAAUCUGUUCUCAGCUUCAAUAGUGCGAAAAACUCUCUUGAGUUGGAAGACCCUGAAUUUGUCCCUGUCACCACAUUAUUCUCAGUAGCAUCUAUCAAGUUUUGAAAUGAAAAAAAAAAAAAAAAAGUCUUCAGUCCUUGAAAUGACUGGAUUAGGUACAAAUGUACAGAGCCCCAUCUAUUGAGAAUCAGUUACAAUAAGGGAAGAGUGUUACAGAUAUUUCAGCUCAUGGAGCAUGAUGGUAAUUGAGCUAGGUUAAGGUUUUGAUUGGAAAAGUUUGCAUCAUUCAAGAAAAUCUAUCUUAAGAGCACAUCAGAUAAACUUUGACGGUCAUUCCGGUUUUAAAUGAGGAAAAGUGAAAUUUUGCAGCAUUCAGAAGAAUGCACAGUUACAACUGUGAUAACAUUUUCUAUUGUGAUCAGGUUGUCUGGAUAGUGGGCUGUCCUGCUGAUUUUGUAAAGGAUCUCUAUAGUUCCUUCCUGCAGCUAAUACAUACUGUAUCUCUGUUUAUCUUUGUCAGCAUCACUCAAGAUCUUGCGAUUGUUUAAACUGUAAAUUCCUCAUCCUAUUUUUUUUCUUAGCUCUUGUCAUGUAACGAAGAGACAGAACUGUGUGUAAGCUUCUGCUUGAAAGCGUCAGUUUCGCCAUUAGCAAUGUAUUGUAAUAAAGUAGUUGAAAUACUCAGGUAAGAACAUGCACAACAGUGAUGUAUACGAUGACUACACAGCUACAUGUCAAACCUUCAUUGGUUGAUACUGAACAGCACCAUUUAGUUUUGAACCUUGAACCUAGGUAUGUGGUACUGAGUGGCUGCUGAAUGGUACACUGUGACCUGAUGCGGACUACAGUAAUAAGACCCUGACGACACAGUAAAAUGUCCACUAGACAGUACCUACCACAACAGUCCCUGCAAAGCACCACGUUUUUUUGAAUGUGGCCAUGUGUUACUGUAGCUAAACUGCAUUGUGUUGAUGUGAAAGAUGGCAGGACAGUACCAUUGUGUUCUGACCCCUUGUGAUAAAGCACAGAACUUCCGGGUCUCACUGGGCGUUUGUUGAAUGGUACAUGGCUCCAUAGCACUGGUCACUUGGAUGUUCCCAGAACUUAAUGUGUAAUUCUUCAUGGUUAACAAGUUUAUCUGUGCAAUCACUGUGUAGAACUGAUGUGAAACGACAACACAGUAACUGAACUGAUGCUGUGCCUCUCUGACCAGCUGUUGAAACUCUCUGAACAUUACCACUAGAUUCAGCACUGUGAGGUCAUGUCCUUUCUACAUAUAGAAUGGGAGUACCUCAAGGUCCGAGUUUAGACACUUCUGCAGAAUGUCAAAAUGGUAGUCUGGGUCAUAAUUAAGCCUGAUCGAACCAAAGACGUGUGUUUAAUCCAGUGAUGAAUGAUGUGGCAAUAACAUACAGAGAUGUAGGUUGUUUAUAGAACUAAGAAAGGUAUGUCCCACUUCCAGAUUGUGAUCAGAAUUUAUUUUUUUAACCUGAAGCAUGGUAUUUGGUCUAAGAACGUAAUAGAAACUUGAAUUACUUAGAUUAUCUUUUUUUUUUUCUUUUUUCGAUCUGUUUUUUUUUAUAAGUUUCUUGUGGUUAAAUCCUUGAGAUGGAAUUAUUUAAACCCAACAAGCUGUUUAGGUGUACUUAAUGGCUGCUCAGUCCCUGUACCAGGGUCUGAGAAGAA